GUUAGAGCAACACCAGAGAAACUUGCUUCAGGACGAAAACCUGGUAUUCCUCCUCGAUUCGACAUGGCGUUGAUAUCGAAUGGUCCUCACACUUCACACCUGCGUACUCUUGAUGGUUUGCGAGUGGGUCAAGUCCGUGCUAUAUUCUCUCUCCCUCGUCAAUUUGGCGAAUACCGAAGAGCCCUAGCUUAUGUAGAAUGGUUCACACCUUUCCGAGCUCGUGACCCUUCAUCUCGGAUGCGACAAGUGUCGCGCUCGACACACCAAUUUCGC